AUGCCUCGCAAGCGUUCGCGUCUCGAUAAGGCUUCUUCUGAUAUGGGUGCUGGCAAACCCAAGGUCUACACUGGCGCAGAGCGCGUGCCGGCGAAACGAGGUGCGGUAAGCGUUGCGCCGACUCGCCGGAAUCAGGCCGGAGAGGCGCACCCCCGAGACGCACAAGGCACGAAGCGGAGCAAGCGUCUCAUAACGUCAACACGAGCUUCUAACCUUGAGGACGACAUUGAGGAUGACUUUGUGUGCUCCGUUUGUGGUUCUGGGCACGACGAGGACCUCCUUUUGCUUUGCGAUGGCUGUAACGGGGCUCGACACACGUACUGCUGCUCGCCCCCGUUACUCCAGGUCCCUGAGGGAGACUUUAUCUGUCCGGAUUGUAAUUCGGAUCAGCAGUGGAACGCGGCGCCCAGCGCACUGGCGCCUUGUGAGCGCUCAGACAAGCAUGCACGAAUGCGUUCAAACGCGUCAGAGACUAGGGCACCGGCAAUCGCUGCAGCUGCUGCUGGACAAGGCUUUUCAUAUAACAAACAAUUCACUGGCGACAGCGAUGCUGGAGAGCGUGUUCCCCAGAGGCCCGCGGUUUCCUCCAUGAUGAUCUCUGGAGACUCAAGGCGUUCGCCUAGUCCGCAUAUGAGACUGGCCAGUGCGGAGCUUUCGCAAGCUGAGCCUAUGCCUGGAGCGCAUUUGCGCGAAGCGGAUGCCGCUGUGGAGGCCAUUUCUCUGGGUACCGCCAGUGACAGCAGGCUGACACUUGCAGAGAUCGGUGCACCGCCGGCGUCCUUCCCGUCUCCGCACAGGCGCGCACCUGCGGAUACGCUCCGCGAAUGCGUCGAGAAGAGCUCUGAUAGCGAGUCGGCAGCAUCGCAACUCGUCGCAAUACAAAGCGCACCCACAGAAUCUGAAGGCAAGCUGCGUCACGAUUCAUUUGCGAGCGCCCAAGUCGUACGGCAGACGACCGUUGUGUCGGCGGAGGGUGCGAGCCCGUCGACAGGGGGCUGCGAGGGAUUCCCUGGUCAUGCGUUGCCCGCGCAGAGCGAAUCCACGGGUCUGACCCAGACCCCAGUGCACGCUGAUCUGCAUUCCACUGCAUCCUCGAAUGCGUCUGAACUGGAGACCGGCGCAAUCGAAGCCGAACACAUCGCUCCGUGCGGUAGCGCUUUGGGAGCAACUGCACGAGCAGGGGGCCAGGUGCCUGCCGCGACUGGCCCUGCUGCCGAACUCGUCUUGCAAGCGCCAUCAACGCUGUCGAAACGGCCAUCUAUGCAGAUGCCGUUGGCGCAUCCAGGGAGCAUGGUGGCAGUCGGCGAUGCCCCGGAGCACCAGACAUAUGAGCGACAUGCGGUAGACCUCGACUCUGUGGCAACCGAAACGCUUUUGAAAGACACGGGAGCUUUGGUAUGCGUGGAAAACUCGUCCAUAUCAUCGAAUAGCGCUGUCCAGCUUGACAGCUCAGUUGACGCGACGCAAGUUUCCUCCAAGCCGGAUUCGGCGGCCAUUUCUGUGGAGGGCGUGCGACUGCGCGAUUCCCUUGGGCGAGAGUCGGACGGCGCUGCCGCGUCACUGGGCCAAGCAUCAGACGCAGCAUCUCAACCAGAAACUGCGUCUCGGCUAGUUCGCAGCGUGCCAAGUAGUGCGGCCGGUCGUCCGGCUCGCCGCAUCAUGCCCCGGGUUGGUGAAGCCUUUCAGGUCCCCGAAGCCGCAAUACCUGCCGACUUUCCAGAUGGCGAGCAACGCGGAUACGCAACCGACAGCGAGCGUAUAGCGAGUCUCGAGGCGUUGCGAAAACAGAUUCAGCGGCAUAUUGAAACGUACCUGGAGAAACCUGGCUCGGUAUACUGGUAUGCGGGAAAGAUACCCGAGGCGCAGCUGCGUACCUACCUAGAAAAAUGCAGCGCAUUUAUUGAAAAGCGCUGGGGUCUACCGGCGACCGCUGAACAGGAAUUUGUGCUCCACUGCAUUCUACACGAGAACAACUAUGAUGUGGACGCUGCCUAUGUCGUGGUCACUGAGACCGAGCGUUUGGCUCCACAGGCGGUGGAUCCCACUUGCUGGACCAGUGAGGAUCGUUCUUUAUUUGCGCGAGGGAUUUUCGAGUACGGCAAGCAGUUUUCCCUCAUCCAGCGUUAUUUGCUCCCGCAUCGUCGCGUACAGGAUCUAGUGCGCUAUUAUUUCCGAAAAUACAAGCAACUGGUGGAGCAGCAAAUGAAUAGUGCUCAGAUGGAGUUUGGCUAUCUCUAUGACACUGGCGAGGAGCCGGUACCACAUGCUCGGCCCUUUCCCAGCUGCGUCUUUGUUAACAUGUUGCGAAUGCAGGCGCGGACGGCAGGCGAUGGAUUUCCCUUUCCCGGAUGGUUUCGCCAGCACCUGGUGGCGGUUCGCGAAAUACGUCGCCUGCGCACCGUGGAGGCCCUAGGCCGCAGCUUUACUGCCCGCUGA